AUGGUAACUGGAAUAGAAGCUGUCGGACUCACGCUUGCUGUCAUUCCUCUCCUCGUCAAUCAACUCGACAGCUAUGUCCGGGGCAUAGAGAAAGUCAAGUUGCUGAGGCGCUACCGAAGAGAACUCGCGGCCUAUUCAAGGGGCCUGGCGACGCAACGAGCGGUCCUUAUAAAUACAUUAAUUCAGACUCUUGGAGGUAUUGUCAAUGACGAACAAGAACUUUCCGAGUUGAUCGACAACCCACAAGGGCCAGGAUGGAAAGACCCUGUCCUGCAGAGAAAGCUUCGUCUAAGGCUAGACCGAAACUAUGACCUUUUUCUGGAUAAUAUGAGUGAUCUCAAUGAUCUCCUAUUAAGGCUUUCUAAAAAACUGGGCAUCAAUAUCGCUGAGAACAAGAGUCCCGACCCCAAAACAUGGGAUAUCAAGGAUUUCUGGAAAAUGCUAAGUAGAGCAGUCUACGAGGAUCUUCUCAAAAAGAUUGAUGGAGCCAAUACAAUACUCAAGUCUCUGCUGGAUCAGUCUCUUCACCAAGAAGAAACACGGAACAAGAAACGACACCCUCUGCCACGUCUUCUUCAGCAGUACCAAAAGAGACGCAAGCACGCAGAAGCACUCUUCAAGACUAUCUUCGGGGCCUACUGGCGCUGUCAAUGCAAUGAACAACACUGCGUUCACCUUCAACUACCAACAAACCCACUGGGGCCCCCAAACUCAGAAUUCCAAUCAAAACUUCACAUGAACUUUUCAAACACCGGCAAAACAGACAAUCACAGCUGGACCUGGACAGAAGUCAUUUUCGAGCCGUGGCAAGACGAAAAGUUCCUCUCAGUGACCAGUCUGUCCUUACAAGAGCCUCACAAAAAGGCCAAAGUCAGUUUCGAUAUGCCAACAACUGAGACGAAUCUUUCCCAAACAACAUUAUCACCACCACCCCCGCCAAUCGAUGACUUCUGCUCAUCCCUUCGCAUAACCGAAGUAGAACUCAUCGAAGAACCCACCAAAUCCAAAUGGACAACAACAGGCAUGAUCUCUAGCCAACUGGACGACCCCUUCCACUACAUAAUGCACGCCUCAACGAAAAUCCCCAGUCCAACGCCCCCAAAACCAUUAAAAGAAGUUAUAUCUCAAAUAAGCCGACAUGACCGUCUCCAUAUUGCCGCAGGUCUGGCAUGCGGCGUGAUCCAAUAUUGCGGCAACUGGUUGAAAUCCCGAUGGGAUAGUUCUGAUGUCCAUCUUACCACUCAUAAAGAUGGUUGUGAUAUAAUGCUCGACAGUGUAUAUCUCUCCUGGCCACUUUCCAUACCGGAUACGGAUACAGAUUCAGAAGGCACCGUUCCAACUAUGCGGCAGGGAAACAAUAAUCUUCUCUUGCCGCUUGGGCUUGCGCUUGUGGAAUUAUCACUUGGGAAGUCCUUGGGUUCAUUAUUAAAGCCUGAAGACGAGGAUCGGGAUACGGAGAGGAAGAGGCGUAAUACUGCAAGCAGGCUUGUUCCUAAGGUUUAUCUUGAGAGUGGAGUGCCUUAUGGGGAAGCUGUUGAAAGUUGUCUUUCUUGGUCUAAAUAA